UAGAUCUUCUACCAGCUAUUUCUUCCAACGGAGUUAUUGAUUCACUUAAUUCACAUCCUAGUUUCCAUUAGAGGUUUGGCAUUUGAAUUUACAUUAUUUUCAACCCUGUUACGCCCCAUCGCCGUGAUGGCUUCAGCAGGCGGUCGAAGAUGGCAGCAGUUCUUACAGGAGCUUGUGAUGGUGGCUGGCACGUCCGCUUCCGCGUACUUUCUCAUUCGGUAUCUCCUAUCGCGUCUAGAUUUCGAUCCUGAAGGACAAAAGAAAGAGGAACAGCGACGGAAGUCUGCAGCCAUUCUACGAAGACUUGAUUCGGCAGAAGAUUCAGACGACGAUUCAUCUGCAACCGGGACCAGACGAGAACGAAAACCGAAGAAGGUGGACCUUGUUCUGAAUCAGUAUGAGCAAGCAAUUGCUAUGGACGUCGUUGCCCCGAAUGACAUUCCUGUGUCAUUCAAGGACGUUGGCGGCUUGGACGACAUCAUUGAGGAGCUGAAAGAAUCUGUUAUAUACCCGCUAACUAUGCCUCAUCUUUAUUCUUCUACAUCCUCUCUCCUAACGGCUCCUUCGGGCGUCUUGCUCUAUGGUCCCCCAGGCUGCGGAAAGACCAUGCUUGCGAAAGCUCUCGCUCACGAAAGUGGAGCAUGUUUCAUCAAUUUGCACAUUUCAACGCUGACAGAGAAAUGGUACGGAGACUCUAAUAAACUGGUGAAUGCGGUUUUCAGCCUUGCCAGAAAACUACAACCUUCAAUCGUUUUCAUCGACGAAAUCGAUGCAGUGCUUGGGACGCGGAGAAGCGGAGAACAUGAGGCCAGCGGCAUGGUCAAAGCAGAGUUUAUGACACAUUGGGAUGGUCUGACGUCAGCCAAUUCGCUCGGGGAGCCUCAACGUGUUGUCGUCCUCGGGGCUACAAAUCGAAUUAACGAUAUAGACGAGGCAAUUCUCCGGCGUAUGCCCAAGAAAUUUCCUGUCACCCUGCCACCAGCUGAGCAGCGACUUCGUAUCCUCAGUCUAAUACUCAAAGAUACUAAAGUCGAUCGUGAGAAUUUCGAUCUUGAUUACCUAGUCAGGGCCAUGGCGGGGAUGUCUGGCAGUGACAUCAAAGAAGCAUGCCGUGAUGCGGCCAUGGUCCCUGUUAGGGAAUUGAUCCGACAAAAGAAGGCAGAACGCCUCCAUAUGUCGUCUGUUGACCCCAAUGAGGUUCGUGGUCUCCGAACGGAGGAUUUCUUCGGUCACGCCGGAGGUGUGAAGAUCAUCCCGCCGCCCGUCCCAGUACAACAGCAAGCAAAAGAAAGCCAGCCAGAUUCGGAAAAGUCCUGGAGUACAGAGUCAGAGACAGGGUCUGACCCUGAGAAUCGCCCGUUUGUCCCGUUGGCGGAGCCUCCGGAAUGAGCUGAUCUGAGGUUUCUCUUGAUGUUUCGCUCAUUAUCAGCAGUGACUUUCAGUCAUGUACACCACGAAGAAACGGCGUUAUGUUUGGACAUGUAUCUUUUUGUUUUUUUUUUAGCAGUCAUGCUCACUCGUGGAGCCCACUCCCUACUUCGAAAAUUAAUCAGGCCUUUGAUUCUCUUUCUCUCGCGCAAGUACUCAGUCUUGGACAGUUUAUUUACCAGUUUCGUCACUUAUUCUGGUUAGUAGAUCGCCUCGGGGUUUCCUAUACCAUAUAACUAGAAGGAAUCCGUUUUGGACAUGUUAACAUGUUGCUGAUGAUGUUAAGGCUUCUAUUUCUUAAGCCUGCGGGUAUCAUGAGUGAGCUUUUGAUAUACAUAAACAGAUCUAUAGAUCUAUGGUCCCCAAUGAUGGAUCUUUCUUUUUCAGGAAUCAAUACAUAGUUCUCUAAUACCUAAUCUACCUGAGAUGGCAUUCUUGGAAUCUGGACCGUUA